GUCAACAAACUCGUCGCUCCGUUGAUGGAUUUUUUUAAGGGCGUGAAUCGACACAUUGACACACUCAAUCAUUCGUUCGUGCGUGAGUGCUAGUGUUCAGGUAUUAUUGAUCCCGCAAAAGUACUUCCAACAACAAUUAGUGUAUCGUCCUGAUUGCAACCUAAUCAAACUUAAGUCAUACAGUUCUUUCCGGCAUUCGCACUGAAGAUGUCGAGUUUCGAUGACUCUCGGACGCCCACCACAACUUAGAAGAGGUUGGUAGGUAAGAUGGAGGGGUCGUGUGCACCAGCAUCAAUCUUGAAUAGCAGUAGCUGGGAUCACUUUGCCGACCUGGCCAAUAACAGUCACGAUGCAGUGGUUGCAAGUGGUAAUAACGGUACGUGUGCGAUGAUUGAAUGGGACGAUUGGGACCUGUCGUUGUGGACACCGGAACAGCGAAAACUUUUGGAACAGAACGAAAUAUCACGUUGGAUUCAUAUCACGCUUGGCGUCUUUCUUACGCUGGUUGUCCUUUUCGGUGUCGCCGCCAAUUCCGCAAUCUUCUACGUCUUCUCGAGAUUCAAACGGCUGAGGACGCCAGCUAAUGUGUUCAUCAUUAACCUAACGAUUUGCGAUUUUUGCGCCUGCUGCCUACACCCAUUGGCAGUCUAUUCGGCUUUUCGGGGCCGCUGGUCCUUCGGCCAAACCGGAUGCAACUUGUACGGUAUGGGGGUGGCCUUUUUCGGACUGAACAGCAUCAUCACACUGUCGGCCAUCGCUUGCGAACGUUACAUUGUCAUCACGUCCAGCAGCUGCCGUCCGUCCGUGGCCAAGUGGCGGAUUACUCGUCGGCAAGCCCAAAACAUUUGUGCGGGUAUCUGGCUACAUUGUGCUGCGCUUGUUACACCACCAUGGCUCUUUGGUUGGUCCUCAUUUAUUCCGGAAGGAGUAUUGGUCACCUGCUCGUGGGAUUAUACAACGCGGACGCUCUCCAAUCGCCUCUACUAUUUGUACCUUCUCUUUUUCGGAUUCGUCAUUCCCAUUUCCAUCUUGACAUUUUGCUACGCGUCCAUUUUCCGGUUCAUCGUUCGCUCUUCCAAGGAAAUGACCCGGCUGAUUAUGACAAGCGAUGGCAGGACAUUAUUCAGCAAAACGACCGUGUCGUUCCGUAAAAGACGUCGGCAAACGGACAUCCGGACAGCGCUGAAUAUUUUGACUCUAGCUAUGCUCUGCUACACAGCCUGGACGCCUUACGCCAUUGUCAGUUUCAUUGGCCAGUUUGGUCCGGUCGAUGAGAACGGAGAGCCGAAGAAGCUCUCCCCCAUGGCCACAGCCAUUCCCGCAUUCCUGGCCAAAACAGCUAUUGUUUUCGAUCCGCUGAUCUAUGGAUUCUCAAGCCCUGAAUUCCGUUCUUCCGUUCGCCAGUUCUUCCGCAGUCAAAGUGCCGACACCAGCGUCAAUGGCGUCAUUCGUGCUGGAGCCAAUAACACGGCCAUGAUAGACAUCAGAAGACCAGUCAACGAGAAUGGUCAUCCAGCUCGUAGUAAUUUACAUGUCGUCUUCUCUUCUUUGAGUGACAGCAUCAAAAUCAAUUCGACUGAAUCGACCACCAAUAAAUUGAAUGACUCAUCGUCUUCAGUGCUCAGUCCGAAGCAUUUGGUAAACACUAAAUUGCUUGGACGCGGCAAUCAUCACCAACCAGGUGGAGAUGAAAAAUCAACAAAAUCUUGCGUGAAGCGCAACAAUAGUCUGAAUUAUCAAAGGAGUUGCAGGAUUCGGCGGAGGGCGAGCGUAGUCAGCAAAUACAGCCAUCGUUCGCUGCCUGCUGAAUCGUCCUCGAUGCGGCUGAUCGUGCUCGAGGAAGAGAACGAUGUUUCUUCGUGCAACCCGACAAAGCCAACUGAAGGAAAUUCAAGUCAAGUCCCGAAAGUAGAACAUUCGGUGCGAGUUUGUCUCGCAAAGUAUCCGAGACGACUAGUUUCCGAAUCGGAUCUCUUCCUUUACUCCAGAAGAUCAAGGGAUGUCCCUGGAAGCUUAACGCUAAGCAAAUCCUGCGACCAACAGAUCCAAGCUCCAGAAAGCGCCGCUAGAGAUCUAAAACGCCUAGGAGUCCACUUAGUCUAGUUAAUCGUCUCCUUCAAUUGAUGUAUAAUCCCUUUGCGGGUUUUUGCAUUUGCAACAUUUUGGCUUGUUUUCUUUUGCAAUGUCUGAUAUUCGUGUUGCAGGUUUUGUUGCUGGCGUACAGAAACCAAAACAACUUCGUCUUGCGAAAAAAAGAAAGAAAAAGAAACUGUAGCAAAUAUGUAACAGGCAAAGACACGUCGUUGGCCGGUGGAGUUAAACGGUUUGCAUUUGAAUUCCUCGAAUGAAAGGAUUUUAAGACAUCAAGGAUUUUAGUCACGACCCGGACGAAGAAAGCCAUUUUAAUUUAAUCACACAAACAAAUGUCCCCAAACCUGACAAUACGACUUUCUAACAGUGAAGCCAUAUACGGAAAUCGUUGAUUGGUAAAUGCACGUGUGGUAUAGAACUAGACUGCAAUUAAAGGAUAAAUAUUUGGGAGGUAUAUGCGCACAUUCCCGUCAAUGAAUUACCUGCCUUAAGCAUAUAGUUUCCUAUUGGCUUACAUUGUAUUGAGAAGAUGAGAUUCCUUUCAUGAUUUCAGUCUCGCAAUAAUUUGAGCAGCACCAGUUGUUUAUGGCCCAUACCAGUGCGAAUCACACCGGCAAACAAACACUAAAAGUUACGACCUGUUUUGAUGUCUACAUUUUGGAAAUAAACUAGGCUUAACAUGUUUAAUCGAAAAAAAAAUAUUGUUGGUGAAUACUGGCGUCAAAUAUACUAAAGGAAAGAUGCAA